AUGUCUGAGAAGGAAGGGGAAUAUGACCGGCUGGAACCAGUUGCAGCCGAAGCCACGAAAGUAAUGCAACAAAUCAGUGAAACAGAAGUCUGGAGUACGUCUGUCCUUCCAAGUCAGGAAAAGCUUGAAGGCCUCAACUGGGCAGCCGGUCAACUGUUGACUGCAGCUGGCAUUCUCGAAGUCACCUUGAGUCUGUUUAAACACUUUAAAGAUGAAAUUGGAAAGAGCCCAUUCGAAGGAGAUUCGGAGAGUGCUCGGCAGAUGCUUGCCUCAGCAAAUCGGCGUUGGGAUGGCCUAAUAGAGGCCAUAAAUCACCGAAGACACCGUCUGCAAACGGUACUGAUGAGUCUGGGUGAAUUCGACACCGCGCUGGACUCGUUGAUUCAGUGGAUCCAAGUGACGCAGGCGUCUGUCGACAGUAUCCCCGUGUCACGAGGAGACACCAGAUCGCUUGAGUUCGAACUUGCGAGGACCAAGGUGGUUCAAGCGAGCGUUGCCAAACGACAGAUUGACGUGGCUAGGCUGAACCAGGAAGCCAAACGUCUUGGUUUGGAUGAACCUUCUUCCGUUGGCACUGACACCAGUCUUGACCAGGUGAAUGAGAAGCGAAUUCCGCGGCUUAGACAAUUAAAUUCUUCCUGGGAAGGACUGAAGAGAUCUGUCAAGGAAAAAAAUCUUCAACUUGAAGAAGCCAUUAGAGAGGCCCAGAAGUUCUACAGUCAACUGGAUGAACUCAGACGUGACUGCCAUGUCCUUGAGGGUCACAUCCCCACUUCCGGCACUCGCGUUAUGGGUGGUCUUCCAGACAGUGCGAAACAGAAACUUGGUCAAUUUAUGCGAGCCUACAAUGCCAUCGAAAACCUAGGAAAUCAGGUUGACGAACUCCGCUGCUCCUCAGCUGGUCUCUUGGCCUCUGCAGAGCCCACCGGUACGCGGAAACGCCUCUCAACCCAGUUAGAUCGCUUGGGCAACCGACAGGCGGACCUGCAG